GGAGUUCUGCCGUUUGAAAAGAAAGUUCCGCUAUUUGAAAUUGGAGAUCUGCUAUUUGAAAGGAAUGCUCCGCUAUUUGAAAAGGGAGUUCUUCUAUUUGAAAAGAAUGCUUCGCUAUUUGGAAAGAGUGUUCUGCUACUUGAGGAGAAAGUUCCGCUAUUUGAAAAGAGAGUUCUGCUACUUGAGGAGAAAGUGCCGCUAUUUGAAAAGGGAGCUCUGCUAUUUGAAAAGAAUGCUCCGUUAUUUGAAAAGCGACUUCUGCUAUUUGAAAAGAUUGCUCCGCUAUUUGAAAAGGGAGUUCUGCUAUUUGGAAAGAAAGUUCCGCUAUUUGAAAAGGGAGUUCUGCUAUUUCAAAAGAAUCCCCCGCUAUUUGAAAAGGGAGUUCUGCUAUUUGAAAAGAAUCCUCCGCUACUUGAAAAGGGAGUUCUGCUAUUUGAAAAGAAUGCUCCGCUAUUUGAAAAGGGAAUUCUGCUAUUUGGAAAGAAUGCUCCGUUAUUUGAAAAGGGAGUUCUGCUAUUGGAAAAGGGAGUUCUGCCGUUUGAAAAGAAAGUUCCGCUAUUUGAAAUGGGAGUUCUGCUAUUUGAAAAGAAUGCUCCGCUAUUUGAAAAGGGAGUUCUGCUAUUGGAAAAGAAUGCUCCGCUCUUUGAAAAUGGAUUUCUGCUAUUUGAAAAGAGAGUUCUGCUACUUGAGCAGAAAGUUCCGCUACACGAAAAGAGACUUCUGCUACUUGAGGAGAACGUUCCUCUAUUUGAAAAGGGAGUUCUGUUAUUUGAAAAGAAUUCUCCGCUACUUCAAAAUGGAGUUCUGCUAUUUGAAAACAAUUCUCCGCUAUUUGAAAAGGGAGUUCUGCUAUUUGAAAAGAAUGCUCCGCUAUUUGAAAAGGGAGUUCUGCUAUUUGAAUAG